CACACACACACACACACACACACACACACACACACACACACACACACACACACACACAUGGAAAUACCUACUACUGGUGCAUGCUGUAUUCCUGAAGUAGUUACAUAGAUAUGCGUUAUAUCGUACUGUAUUUGUCAUUUUAUAUUUGAUAGUGAUUUUACGUGGAAAUAAAGGCGAGAGUAGGGUAAAGUGGAGGGUGAUAACGAGCGUGAAUGAUGGCAGUCAGGUAGUUUGAUGAUGUCGAGCAUUUGGAACAGACCCGAGAUAUCUUUUUUGUGACCCGGGCUUACAGUUACAGUCCAAUAAACUCUGGCGUACACGACGGUGGCUCCAUGGCUGCACAAUAUGGCAUACGUUAUACGUCAUUGUCCCCGUGGGUGCAGGAACGGAUUUGUAAUGAGGCUUUUCUCCCUGUAUGCUAUGGAGAAAGCAGACAACCGGCUGAGGGUCCGUUUGGAUAGGGUGUAUGACAGGGUCGCUGAUGCAGUCGGGAUGAGCGUAAUGGCGGUACGGAUGAUGGUGCACCGGCAGCACAGCACGAAAUGUCAGCCUGGGACACCACCACCAACGCCAACUGCGACACCUCCCACAACACCGCCAGUCUUCGACAGUUUCACUGUCGGUGCCAUUCGUCGCAAAGUGUACGGAAAGUUCGCCGCUAAACAAGCUAUAACAAUAGCUUCCCUGACGGAGGACCUGAAGACGGCGUGCAUCAUCCCGGAGGGAACCUCGCUCACGUCGAUGUGGCGACUCCUUCAUAACAUGGGAUUCCGCUAUAGGACAUCACAGCGGAAGAUGUAUGUGAGGAAGGAGUCCCUGUAUGUCGUGUGCCGACGGUUUAGUGCUCUCCGGGCACUCAGACGGCACCGGGAGGAUGGGAGGCAGGUGGUGUAUCUGGAUGAGACGUGGUUCACCACCAGGAUGCACCACAGCAUGGAGUGGGUGGACAGCACCCAGCCUGCCACUAGCGACAUGUACAGCCGUCAGGUGCCACCCGGAGAAGGGGAGCGCUUUGUGGUGGUCGCAGCUGGGACAGCCGAUGGUUUUGUGGAAAAUACGUUCCUUUGCUUCCACACCAAUACAACCAGCGGUGACUACCACGGCGAGGUGAACGGGGAUCUCUUCCUUCGCUGGCUCACAUCACAGCUCCUGCCAUCGCUGGCUGAGCCGUCAGUACUGGUGCUGGACAAUGCACCAUAUCACAGCAAGCUGACAGAGGAGAGUCGCUGCCCCACUACCGCCACCAAGAAAGGGGAUCUUAUUAAAUGGCUGGAGCAAUACAGGGUGCCCUUCCCACCACACGCGACACGGCCUGAGCUCCUCCUCAUAUGCAAACAACACCGACCACAGCCACAAUACAUCGUCGACAACACCAUCCGCAUGUGGGGCCACGAAGUCGUCCGCUUGCCACCAGCUCAUCCAGAGCUUAACGCCAUAGAGCAGGUGUGGGGGCACAUGAAAAGACACGUGCGCUCGUCCUUACACCGUUUCACCCGGGCGGACCUGCAGGCCAGGCUGGAGGAGGCAAGGCUUUCUGUCACGCCAGAGGUGUGGGCGGGUGCGGUGCGGCGAUCCCAGAGCUUUGAGGAGGAGUACUGGUCCACGGACAACAUACACCAAAGCGUAGAUCCUGUCAUCAUAAACCUCGACAGUGAUGACGAGGAUGACUUAUUUUUGGAAAGCGACGGAGAGUAAAAUAAAAUGUAUUUACUCAUGUUUGCAUGACUUGCCACCUCAUCAUAUAUUCGCUUCCUGCCAUGGUCUACUAUGAACUAUUAAGUAAACCUCGCUACAACCUCCACUUCCCUUUCCUAUGAAAUAUUUAUAAAUUGUUAUAACAGUAAUAAUAAUAAUAAUAAUAAUAAUAA